CAAAUUUCUGCGACGGCGUGAGUAAACGCAAGGGUCUGAAUUGAAAGCUAAACAUGGCUCGAAAUGCAGAAAAGGCCAUGACGGCCUUGGCCAGGUUUCGUCAGGCCCAACUUGAAGAAGGAAAAGUCAAGGAAAGACGCCCUUUUCUUGCCUCUGAAUGCAAUGAGUUGCCUAAAGCAGAGAAAUGGCGUCGGCAGAUCAUCAGUGAAAUUUCAAAGAAGGUGGCACAGAUCCAGAAUGCUGGUUUAGGGGAAUUUAAGAUUCGUGAUCUGAAUGAUGAAAUCAACAAGCUUCUCAGAGAGAAGGGUCACUGGGAGGUCAGAAUCAAAGAAUUGGGAGGCCCUGAUUAUGCGAGAGUAGGACCAAAGAUGCUUGACCAUGAGGGCAAAGAGGUCCCUGGAAACAGAGGCUACAAAUAUUUUGGUGCUGCAAAAGACCUGCCUGGAGUAAGAGAACUAUUUGAAAAAGAACCUGUCCCACCACCCAGAAAAACACGGGCUGAGCUGAUGAAGGACAUCGAUGCUGAAUAUUAUGGCUACCGGGACGAGGACGAUGGGGUUUUAAUACCUUUAGAGCAAGAGUAUGAGAAACAAGCGAUGGCAGAGGCCAUUGAGAAAUGGAAGGCAGAUAAAGAAGCCCGUUUAGUGUGUGGAGGGACCAAAGACACAGAAGAAGAGGAAGAAUACAUAUACGCAGUCAAAGAAGAUGAGCAAUCCGAUGACGAGAUGAGGGAACAGAUGGAGGGGGAGGAUGGAGCACAAACCUUUAUAGCUCAUGUGCCUGUGCCGUCACAGAAAGAGAUCGAAGAAGCUUUGGUCAGACGCAAGAAGAUGGAGCUCCUGCAGAAGUACGCCAGCGAAAGCCUAAUGGCCCAGAGCGAGGAAGCCAAAGCGCUGCUUGGCCUGUAGCGGCCUGGGCCUUCAAGUGUGGGUCCGUGUGUACUCAGGCCGCGUACUCCUGCUCUUCCCUCGCUGGCAGGCGCCUCAAGAUCGUGCAGCAAGGGACAGACUCGCCACAGCGAUUUGAAAUUCCAGUGGUUGAUUUAAUUCUGAGGUGCUGCAGAUGACGGAGGAGAAAUGCAAGGAUUUUCACAUAAGUCAUGGGAGUCCAAAUUAAUUAAAUAUUUCAGGUUGGAGUAGACUCUUUAUGUGUACCGUAACUUCAUAGGGAACACCAAAAAACUGGUAUAGUGGAAUAGAUUACUUGCUGCUGUUCACACAUGCCAUUUGAUAUUAGAAGUGGACUUAUGGGUUUGUAGAAUAUUUUCUGAGAGUAAGUGAUUUCGCAAAAUGUGAAAUAUUUUGAGGAGUAGAUGAAUAUCAGACAUCUAUGAGAUAAGCAUCACACAACUCUGUAAAUAUGUGGGCAUUGUAUACAAAACAUGUUUUAGACCAGUAAAUAAUUUUCUACAAAAACUUUGUU